ACAACUCUCGAAGUCCUAUCUUCUCCAAACUUUGCCGCGAAAAUCCCUCUCGCCGGAAAAACGGCACCGUCGCAACGUUCUGGCCGUUUCUCUUUGUCAACCACCGCUUAUUCUGUGCACGAAUGCCGAGUCACUGACUCGCCCAACGGCUACAAAUCCACAAUGUCAUUUCCCUCUAGGCGCCACUCGCUGAGUCCAUCUCAACUCGCUUCCUCCAGCCCCGGGUCGACUCACGAUCUCAAGCAACGAGUAAUCGCCAGCCUCAACAAGCUCUCCGACCGCGACACUCUAGCCGUUGCUGUUGCUGAGCUCGAGUGCAUUGCUCGGACUCUGAACCAGGACUCAUUCUCUUUAUUCCUCAACUGCAUUUACAACACCGACUCUUCUUGUAAAUCCCCCGUCCGGAAGCAAUGCGUUCACCUAUUGACGGUUCUCUCCCAGUUCCACGGUGAUUCUCUCUCUCCUCACCUCUCUAAGAUGAUCUCCACCGUCCUAAGGCGCCUCCGCGAUCCCGACUCCGUUGUCCGAUCAGCCUGCGUCGAAGCCGUCACUUCGAUGUCGUCGCGGAUCACGAAACCGCCAUUCACGGCGGCGUUUUUGAAACCGUUAAUGGAGGCUCUGACGCAGGAGCAGGAUGUAAACUCGCAGAUCGGCGCUGCGCUGUGCCUGGCAGCGGCAAUUGAGUCGGCGCCGGAGCUGGAUGUGGAGGCGUUGCGAAAGAGCACUUUGCCAAGGUUGGGGAAGCUGGCCAAGAACGAGGUGUGCAAGGCGAAGGCAGCGUUGUUGGUGCUCAUAGGGAGUGUUGUGGGCGUCGGUGGCGCGUCGAGUCGGGGUGUGUUGAAUUGGUUGGUGCCCUGUCUUGUUGAGUUUCUGAGCAAUGAGGAUUGGACGGUCAGGAAGGCAGCUGCGGAGGGUUUGGGAAAGGUAGCUUUAGCGGAGAAAGAUUUGGCGUCGCAGUAUAAAGUGCUGUGCUUGGAUUCGUUACAAAAUCGCAGGUUUGAUAAGGUCAAGGUAGUUCGGGAGGCUAUGAAUCGCAGCUUGGAGACGUGGAAGGAGGUAACUGAUGCAUCGGAGGAUGUGUCGCCUCCAGUGAAAUCCGCGUGUUCUACAGUUGGUCCAGAUAAUGAUAAUAAUCAGUGUGACACUGCAAGUUCAGCCCAUGCUGGCUAUAAAUCUUCUCUGUCAAAGAAAACAGUCCCAGCAAACAGGUCCCCUUCAUCCACAGUUUCAGCGUUGUCCUCGAUCAAAAGAAUGAGCCCUCUAAGGGGUAAUGACAAAAACUUAAGCAUGGGCUUACCCCGCAAGCUGGACCAUGAGAAAUGCUCUGAUUCAAAACCUGAAACUCCAGGAUCAAAGUCAUCAACUUUGAGCAUGGACAAGGAAGAUAACAUCAAAAGGUGUGAUUUUGAAGUUUCUAAACCAGCUCAGAAUGGAGAACAAGAAAAAUCAAGGGCAGAGAUAAAGCGGGUUGUCUUCAGCAAGAUGUCUGAUGAGAAACUGUAUAAAUUUGGUGGUCCAAAAUCUGGGUCUCGCGUGGUUCCGAUCUAUAAUGAUGACAAUCCUGACCUAGAUGUUAAGCUCAAUUACACAAAUGAAGUUUGUGAUAAUCCUCAAGAUGUUGAAGAUUUUUCUAUGAUUCGGGAACAACUUCUUCAAAUUGAAAAUCAGCAAUCCAAUCUGUUAGAAAUGCUUCAGAGAUUUAUUGGAAGCUCUCAAAGUGGAAUGAAUUCUCUGGAGACUCGUGUGCAUGGCCUAGAGAUGGCCCUGGAUGAAAUAUCAUAUGAUUUGGCAGUAUCAAACGGCAGGAUUCCCAGUACUGAUGCCGCAGACGACACAUGCUGCAAGCUACCAGGUUCUGAUUUUUUGAGUUCAAAAUUCUGGAGAAAGACGGAGGGGAGGUAUUCUACGUCAAGGUUCUCUUUAGGAAGCAUAUCAUCACCCAAUGCUAUGCAUAACUCAGAUAAUAAAGAUAGUGCUGAAAUGCCCUUUAAUAGCAAAAGAUUUCAGCAUCGUAUGGGUGGAUUAUUUGUAAACUCUAUGGCUGAAACUGAAGGCGAUUUGAAAGGGCCUUUAGGGCAGUAUAGGCACAAUCUGCCAAAGAAUAUAUCUCAAGAUGCUGAGAGAACACAAAGCAACAAUGCCAGUGGACUGGACAGCAUACCUCUAACUUUUCGUGCAGCACUGAGGAACCAGAAAAUCAGAUCAUCAGUGUAGCCAAGAGGAGCUCCUUACUCCAUGGCAAUUGAACUGCGUCAAGCACCGGAAGUUUCUGAUUUGUGGGUGUAAGUGAAUAACUGAAUAUGCUAGCUUGGUGGUCCAGUAUGCGGGAGUUUGCUUAUUCAAAGCAAUCCUUGGUAAAUUAUAAAUGAAAAGGGAGGCUAUUUUCUCUUGCCAAUGUUUACAUGGAGGCAGAGGCAAGCGUAUGGAUUUAAACAUGAUGAAGGCGGAGGAGUUUUUUCUUUUCUUUUUUUAAAUAUGUAAUUUACUUAAAUCAUGUGAUCAGCGUAGGAGCUUACUUCAUCUUGUAGUGUAUGAUAUUUCUAUCUUAGCCAUUCUAAGGGCAGGAAAAAAAGGGCUGUGCUCUCCAGGAGCAUGCCUGAUGAUGAAUGGUAACAAUGGUUAUUACUACCUUUGGGGGCACAAAAGGGAAGGCAGAGAAUGGGCUAUGGGUAUCAAUGUGUCCAUGCGGCUGAUAACUGAUUAGAUAAGCACAAAGAACCGAUCAAGAAUAUUCAGUAAAAUAUACUUAAAAGUAAAUGGCUACGAUUAGAGAAAAGUAACAAUUUUCCCCUCAGAGUACCUUUUUAGAGGAACAGAAAAGAAAAUGGUGAAUCUUGUUCUAGGACUCCAAGUAGAUUGAGGAGUAUCACUGUUUCGUAUUCAUUUGAUUUAUAACAUACGUUACAUUAUAAAUAUUAAAGGCGGACAAUAAAGGAAAAUUGAAACUUACAUUGA